UGUUUGUGAGCAGCGCAUGCCGCGUAGCCUCUGGUAAUGGUCCACGCAACUUGCUAGCAAGGUUUUGUGUAAUAAAUACUUCUCAUCUUUCUUCUUAGACAGUUAUUUACAAAAAUCUUAAGCUGGUAAUGGCUGCCUAUGGACAGUGUACAAAUCCAAGCCUCUGGAUGGGCGAUCUGGAACCGCACAUGGAUGAGAACUACAUCCGAACUGCUUUCCAGAUGAUGGGUCACACUGUAUAUUCCAUCAAGUUCCUUAUUGACAGGAAGACUUCCUUACCAGCCUCUUACUGCUUUGUGGAUUUUGGAGAGAUUCCACAUGCCAAGCAAGCUCACACCAUGUGCAAUGGCCGUAGGAUUCCAAAUGACCCCAAUUAUAAAAAAUUCAAACUCAAUUUCGCAUUUGCUGGAGGAUACAAAUAUGAUGGGCACAGUGGGUCAGGUGACCAGAUUGAGUUCUCGUUGCAUGUGUCCAAUCUGUCGCUGGAAGUUACAGAUGUCCAGCUCUUUGAUUAUUUUGCGAGCCGAUAUAAAACUGUCAAGCAAGCCACAGUGGUCAGGGAUGGGGUUCUCUCCAGGGGUUAUGGCUUUGUCAGGUUCACUAGCGAGGCAGACAUGCUGGAGGCUAUUCGCGUGUUCAAUGGAGCCGGAGGACUGGGAACGAAGGCCAUCCGUGUUGGGCGGGCUCUACCCAAGGACACAUCUAAAAGCUAUGUCCAGUCUGCCAAUGCACCUGUUACCUACCCACAGUACUACAGCGCCCAACAGCAGCAGCAGUAUUCUCAAAUGGCUGGCCAGUACGGUGCAGGAUACGGUGGCUACUACGACCAGUACAAGACGCAAACCAGUGACACAAAAACUAAGAAUGCAGAUGCAAGUGGUGAUGCUAAUGCCAGUACUGCCAUGGCCCCUGCUGUCACUGAAGAGGAAGAUGAUGACCCUCUUGAAGACCCUGAGGUCACGAUUGACGUGGAGAAGUCCAACCGCAUGAUCUUGGAGAAGAGCGAGGAGCUCUACCAAGCCUUGGAACUGUCCAGGUGGCAGUUUGUCGACAGCGUCACCGUGACGUACGAUGAUUUGUGCAAAGCGUAAAUGCCGAAUCCUGCUAGCCAUUCCAACUUCCCCGGGCUUGUUCCGGUUGUAAUGAUUCUGCGUCCAUGCGGAAGAGAGCAGUGUUUCGCUUCACAACAAGGGCAUAAGGAAAGAGAGCACAGAUGUUUUUGGUGUCCACACCUCGUUUUUAUCCAUGUGCAAGAGGAAAUAUGUGGACAAACAGGGCUUUGACUGACAGCUGAAGCAGUCUGUAUUGCAGAUUUUGAAAGAUAUGGGAACCCUUCCUGAAGGCUGACAAUUUCCAUUUCCACUGUUAUGGAGGUAUUGAGGGCUUUGGGAUGAUGUCACAACUAAUGUCGGCCAUCUUGGAGGAUUGGAGCUGCCUUGUAGCUAUUGCGUUACCAUUUGUCCACCUUGGAGUGGCUGUAUGAUACAUAUUUUUCACCACCCAAAAUGAAUUUCUUCCAUAGUGUGGCGAGACCUAUGUUUUGGAUCCUUUUUUCAGGUUUUAACCAAAAGCUUUAAUUAAACUUCACUACUGUGUGCCGUUUCUGAAACAGGUUUUUUCCUUUUCUUCUCCUCCUACUUUAAUAUAAAGUAAUUUGUGCUGCAAUGUUUGAACUGUCAAAUUACUUUUUACACUUAAAUCAUUAACAGUUUUUGGAAAUCUUGGAGUGGUUGAGACAAUGUUGGUGUUGGGUUGAGGAAUACUAAAGCCUUUGUUUGAUUAUCUUCAAGGUAUUCCUUGAGCUUUCAGUGCUGAUAAACAAUUAUGUAUUGCAUGGAAACCCUGCAGCUUCCAGUUUAUAUUCUUGGUUUGUGUGUUCUGGUUCAAGAACAGUUUUCCUAA